AUGGAUCGGGCUGCUCUGAAGGCCCAAAUUGACCAACUCUACGACUGCUUGGACACCCAGCAGGACGUAUUGGACAAUUACGAAGCACUUUACGAUGUAUUGCACUCCCAAGAAACUCGCUGCGCUCGUUUGGAACGCGAGAUUCAAGCUGAUUGUGAAUUGGCUGGAAGUUUCGCGAAAUUCGUGUCAUACAAGUAUAAUUUCUUGUGCUGCGAAUUGCAAAUUGCGACUCGAUCGGCAGAGGAGUAUCGCCAAGAAUUGGAACAGAUCGGCCAGCUGGAGAUGGAGAUCGCGGAUCUGCGUUCCUCUCUACUCGACGCCACCGCAGCUCGCCACAAGGCCGAGGAGCGUUUUCAAUUCCAGCUGGCUGCCGUCCAGAACAAGCUGGCAGCUGCGCUUGAUUCCGCCAAGUCGGCCAAUGAACAGGCUGCUCAAGCCAAAAAUUCCGAGAGCCAAUUUAAGUCUCGCUACAUCCAAUCCCAACAGCAACUCCAUGAUACCCGACUUCAGCUUGACGCGAUCCGGAUUGAGCGCGAUCAACUUGCGCAGGAAGUUAAGGAUCGGAACUCUCUCUUCGCUCGUUUGUCUGGUAUAUUACAUAAAACCGGGUCGCCUCCCUCAACGUCGUCACCAGCCGCUGCUUCUGGUGAAGUAUUUCCACAACGGAACAAGCGCCAGCGAAAAAUUUCUGACUCGGAUCAGCCCGUGCUCAAGCGCAUUCGAAGAACAUCUACGUCCCCAAGUCUCCAUGAUUUAAGUCCCAACCAUUCCCCAACCUCGGCCCGAUCAAGCCUUGAAAAUUCCAUAUCUUCAACACGAUCCGGUCCAGACAAUUCGAGAUCGAGAUCGCAUUCGCCCAGAUCAGGAUCAAAUUCCCCCGAUCUUUCUGGGUCACCAACCCCAGAACCCCCCCGAAAUUCUCCUUCAUCUUCUACAGAUGCGAGUGAAGAAGAUCCUUUUGGGUAUGGUUCCGAUCAGACGGACGACUCUCUGCUGGCUGCGUUAUCCUCUUCUCGAUCGGCUUCUCGACGACGCACUGUGGCUCGGUCUCCGGUAUUUCCACCUUCUUCACCGAUCGUGGUGGACUCACCUAGUCCAGUUACGUCCCCCCAUGAAACUCCGACACGAGUUUCGAUUACAGAUUUAUUUGGCGAACCCUCCAGUGAAUUUGAGGAUAGCCUCAGUAUCGACAGCGACCCUCGGAUUCCUUGCAAUCAAUUGAUGACAGCAGAGGAAUUCUCGGAUCUCCCCGCUACCACAAUCUCUCGUGAUCUUUGGCUUCCAGGUUAUCGUGAUCAAGUCCCUCGAGCGUCAUCCGAUACGCUUCCUUGGUCCGCUCGCAGAAUCAGCUUGUUGUGCGUUUCAGAAUUGGAUCUGGAUACACUCUUCCACCAUUAUUCAAAACCUAGGGGUUACAUAUUCCCUGCUCCCUCUGGAAAACUCCAGAAACCUAGUGAUUCCGAGUGGUCAUCCGGGUUAAUCACCUCCUCUCAAAUCAGCCAAUUAUACGCUCGCCAGCCCUGGCUGCUGUAUGAACAACUGGUCGAUCCGAUCUCUUUCGAGUGUACUGGAUGGUUCCAAGAAUUGGUACGCUUGUAUAACGAUUUCAAAGUCCGUCAUUGCCAGGCACUCUGGGAGGCGACACAUUUUCUGCCGAUAUCGACCCAACAUCGUCGAUCCGAUCCUGCCUUGGCCACAUUGGCUCAAGAGAGAAAACAACGGCGAUCACGAUCAGGUCCCGUGUGGGAAAAAAGUGCUUGGCAUGAUUCUUCAAGGCAUGAUCGAUGGCCUGUGUGA